AUGAAAGGGUUAAUCGCCUUCGUCCUGUCUAUGCUGGUCUUCCAGCAUGCCCUGAAGCACGAUCAUCAGGCAGAUGUGGCCAAAGUCAAGCUGAUGCAGGAGCGUGACAAGUUUCUGCAAGAGCAGAUGACUCGGCUGCAUGCAGAGGGAGCCACGCUCCUUUCCGUGUUGCAGCACUGGAAAUUUUGGAUCAUUCCAGGAGCCCUGCUGGUGAUUGCUGAGUUCUGCUGGUUGGUCAGGGAAAUGAAGAUUUCCCACGGCAGCUGCAGCGAGCAGGACAGCUCCAGCAGCAAGGAGGAUGAGGAUGAUGAGGGGGAGGAAGACCUCAAUGGUGAAAACGCUGUUCUCAGGACUUUGGCUGGAUCCACCUCGUCGCCAAUGCAGGACCUGCCCGACACGUGCAAGGUGGUGAAGGAGCUGGUGGGUGACCUCCUUAGCGUCUGCCAAAUGCUUUGCAAGAGGUCUGUCAUGCCGCAGAUGUACCCAGCCGUUGGGAUGGAUGGCUAUGAAGCCUGGAGCAUCCACGAGAACAGCAUCACCUACCGCCUGGUCGUGUUCUUGCAGCCACCCUGCGGGCACUCUUUCAGCCUGGAGCUGGACACCAUGGGGCAGCUGCCAGCAAUUCGCGUCUAUGUGGUGCUGGAAUGCACGUGCUGGAGGAAGCAGCUGCUGGGGGACGUUUCAUGCUUUCUCCACCAGCCCGGCGACAAGCUGCCAAAGGACCAAAGCUCAUACCUCCUGCGCACUCUCUGCACAAACUCCUACUUAGACUUGGAGAAAAUCGCUCGCUGGGGCCAAACGUUGGUGAGAUCAGCCUGGAUGCUUUUGCCUCAGUCGCACCACUGCCAGCUAACAGUGUUGCCCUCCUCCCAGUCCUGCAAGUUCAAGCUGACAAGCUCCUCCAAGAUGAACAUCUGCAUGGAGCUAAUUUUUGCAGUGCAGUCAGACAGUUGA